AUGAGUGAACCAGGAAAUAUCACAACUAAAAGACAGCUUCAACAACAAUUAAAUGAAAGAAUUACAGAAGAAAUAAACAAGAUAAACCAGCGGAAGAUCUUUACAUAUAUUUAUAUAUUUAUUUUUAUAUAUAUUUAUUUAUAUAUUUAUAUUUAUUUAUAA